AUGAGUAAGAAAAAAGUCUUAGAAGCAAAAGAGGUUGUUGAUAAGCCCAGUCUUCUUGAUGCAGAUAACAUAAUCUGGUUCAAUUUUAUAUUUCAAGCAGGCCUAGCAAGUUUUCUAUUUGUUCUUUUUAUCUUCUGCCGGAAGAAGCUACCUUGGAUAUACUCCAUAAACACAAAGAGGUGCAAGCAGCACCCCGCCGCACAGUACACUGGAUACUUCAACUGGAUGAUUCCUAUAUUUACAAUAACAGACAAUGACCUGUUUGAGCUCAUAGGGUUUGAUGCAUUUCUGUUUAUUGAAACACUCAAGCUGCUGGGCAUUAUCUUUCUCCUGCUUUCUAUUAUCCUAGUACCGGCGCUUGGCACGUACUACUUCUUCUUUGCGCACAGCACUCAGCCACUGCAGCUUAUCACAAAAAUAUCUAUCCUUUCUCUGCCUACACACCCGCGCUAUGUAAACUGCAUUAUUCCAUGUAUUUGCAUUUGGGCUAUAAGCUUAGUGGUUAUUUAUUUCUUGUACACCUUCUACCGAAAAUAUGUUAUUCUUCGCCAGCUGCACAUACGAAACCGGGCCUUUUCCAAGUCCACUCUAGCAAUUAAAAAAACUGUGGAUGAGCUGCAGUCGCUUCCCGCAGGAAUUAACGAGAUAAACAUAUGCUCCAGAACUGUUCUAAUCACAAACCUACCUUCAUUCAUUCAGGAUAAAGCCACUCUGCUUCGGUACCUAAAAAUUCUUGGAGUGUCUUCAGAGCCAGAGAAUGCGCAUGUGGUAACAAACACAAAAGACUUAGAAAUACUAAUUAAUAAGAAAAAAGAGAUUAUUCUGCUCAUAGAAUACGAGCUACUGCGGUUCUUUAUAUUACUGAAUAUCAUGUCAACAAAUACAGAGUUCUUUGCAGAGCAUAUUAACAACUACGACAAAUCAUUAGAUCUUAUAUCAAAUGCAACCACGUGGCAUAAAAGAGAAAGAGAAAAGAAAGAGAUCGGCCAAGACGAGAUAGACUUUCUUAUGCGAAAUGCAUUUGGUGGAAAGUUCUUUAGCCUUUUAUCAACCAUUCAGAAAACAGAUGUUCCUCUUAAAAUACAUGAGUACUUAGGCACUAUAAAGCUGCUGACAGAAAAAAUAGAUGAAGUGAGAGAGCGAUCCAUGCGAGAAUAUACCUCCUUGGAUGAAGAGCCCAAUUUACUGAACCCUGAGCUGCACGAUCCAUAUGGCUUCUAUAAGAAUAGCACUAUUUUUAUCACUACCGCAUCACUCUUCUAUAUUAGAGCAGCAUACAAUAAUUUUAUAAAAAGUAUCCCAGGAAGCGCACGAAAUGGAUUUGUGACCUUUAAAAAUUCAUCAGAUGCAAACGCAUUGAAAAUGACUCUUAUAGGUUCUGGGGCAUUCAGCUGCCAUGCAGAGGAGGCCCCCCCUCCAGACCAAAUCAUCUGGUCUUCACUGAACGACACACAGGUGCACAGAAUGCUUAGAAGGCUUAUUAGUAUGAUUUUAACAGUAGUGUUUAUUGGUGUAUUCAUUGUUCUUGUGUUCUUUGUAUCAACACUAAUCAAUAUAUCAACACUAUACGCCGUGAUAAACAUGAUUAACCCGCAGCUGUAUGCAAUUGCAGGUACUUCUAAAUUCAGAAGUGCCUUUCAGGGUAUUAUUGUGCCAACUGUCUAUUCGCAGUUUCUAGCAAUUGCGCCUAUUGUUCUCCGGUGGAUUUCUAUUUUUGAGGGAAGCAUCUCGUGGAUUGAGCUGCAGAAGAACUUUGGAAAAAAGUACUCGGUGUUUCUGUUUUUCAACGGGUUUUUAAUGAUUAUUUUCGGAUCUACCAUAGCAACUCUUUUAAACAGCAGCAAGGUUAGACUGGAUAUUGUAAACCUUGUUUCCACGCCUAUUGUUUCAUCUUCCAUUUUCUUCCUCAAUUUACUGAUCCACAAGGCACUCGGCGGGCUUAUGUUUGAGCUGCUGGAUGUGCCUCGCCUAGCCAGCUGGGCAAUAAUGUACAUCCUGGGCGGAGUGCACACGCACAGGGAAAGAACGGCACAGUUCCAGUCCAACCCUAUCAACUUUGGAAUGCUGUACCCGAAAAUCUUUCUGCUGUUUCCCAUGGUGCUUAUAUACGCCAUCCUCUGCCCGAUUUUCAUGGUCGUGGGGUGCCUUUAUUUCUUUGGCGCCUUCUUUGUGUUUAAGUAUCUUUUCAUAUACUCGCACGCCAGCCAGCUGGAAAGCGGCGGAGAGCACUGGCCUUCCCUAUUUGAAAAUAUUUUUUAUUCUCUUACAGUCUUCCAGCUGCUUACUUUAAUUUACUUUGCCUCCCAUAAACAGUACAUCUCGCUUUGCAUGAUUCUUCCUUUAAUCAUCAUAACAGUCAGCGUUUGGAAUGGGUUCAGCAAGCUUAUGUCAAAGAACUGCCACUAUCUGCCAAAUAACGAGUCAGAGUAUAAAGAAAGCACCGAUGUGAUAGAUGAGCUUCUUAAGUCCCGUAAAAAGGCUAUUCUUGAGUGGAAAGAGUCUUCUGUCGUAAAGAAGGAUGUUUACUGCCCUUUUAAGGAGAAGGUGCUUGAGAAAGGAGAAAUUCCCUAUGUUUACAAAGAUCUUUCCUUCCUUCCAUCGGCCUCUUCAAUCAUUCUUCCUAAAUGGUUUGUCAUUACUCUAAAAUACUUGAGUGUGAAUGGGAGUGCUGCGGUAUUCGAUCUUUCCACUAGGUCCUGGAAAGAGGAAAUACUUGGCCAUUAAUCAAAUACUAAAUAAGCACAAA